CCAUCAUCACUCUUUAUCUCGUAUCCACGACAGUCCUUCAUGUCGUGAGCAGCAGCAUCAUGUCGUUACAGCCCUACAACCAAACUGUAACAACUCCCUUGCCCACCUGGCUCGAUAUCCCAGAUUGGACAACAAUAAACUCCUUGAUUCCUGACGAGGGGCUUUUGAAGGCGUUCACAACACUGCGUCCAGGGAUCAAUGGGUCAACACUUUACGAUACGUUGCAGCCAACUUCGACAGUUGGAACGGCGCGAGUCAAUGCUACCACACUUGGAUAUGUGUGCAGACUGGUGCCUGGAAUAAAACAGACCCCACCAGACCCUAUCACUGCGGCGCUCGAGCCAUCAAUAACGGAGGACCUUGAAUGGAAUGGGCUGAUGUUUCCAGUUUCGGAUGUGCCGUGGACUGAUCAGGUGCUCUUUAACGUAAUUUUUGGCGACAUGCUAAGGGAAUCAAAAGUCAAUUCACCCAAUAGUUCCUUUGGUGUACCAAUGACCUACCACUACGUUGAUCCUUUGCCAGUGCCAUUAGUCAACGAUACAACAGACUCGAAGACAGUACAGGCAUUCUUUGCGGGUUCAGCCCACCAUCCGUCUCUAGGGACAGCUCAUCGGGAAUGGGAGGGUUUACCUACCAUCGACGGCCACCUUGGGAAUUCUGUAGGAAACGCAUCGGAUGAUACUUACUUUAAUUGGCUCACCAUCGCCAUGGGUAGCUCACUGAUCGCCGACAUCACAGAUAUAACAUGUAGCCAGAAUAAUAGUGGAACACCGCCUCUCCCAGCUUCGGUCUUGGAUGCUCAUAUCAUGCAGCUGCUUGGAUUCAAUGCUGCAAUCAUUCGUGGUAAUCCCGGUGGCAUAUUUUGGCCUCCAGGUGAUCCCACCCAGUCUAUCGCUUUGGCAGACUUCGAGAACGCUCUGGCCGUCACGACUGCGGAGUUGUUGUGGACUGCGGGUCAAUUGACGCAGAAUGGGUACAGCCCCGAUGUUGUAACGGCAGAAGCAAUGCACUUUGAGCUUACUUGGCGAGUGAACAUUAAUUUGACUCCGCUUCUCUUUGCAUUCUGCGCUUCUGUGAUCACUUUAGUGCUGGAAAUGAUUCUCGUCGGCUGGCAAGUCCAUGACAAUCCGGCGGUCAGCAAUGUAGGCAUACUUGAGAUGAUGUGGCUUAUUGAUCAUGAACCUGCUCUACGGUCCAAAUUCAGCGAAGUGGGAAGGCCAACUAACGACAACUUGAGGGAGGCGGGGAUGUUUGAUGUUCAUCUAACAGAGGAGAUGGUCGGAUGA